AUUUAGUCUCAGUAAAUAAGUGAUAAUUAUAUAAAUUAACCAAUUGAGUUUUGAAACUUAUUUGAUAUUUUAAAUCACAGAUCAAAAUCAACCGCCCACCCUGGAGGAAUCAACAUUGCCUUUGAAUCCACUCGAACCUUCAAAUAGCAACCAAUUAACGCAAAUGUCUAAACAUUAUGAAGUACCGUGUGAACGCCAAUAUGAGUACGUCGAUAAAACCGCGAUUGUUCCGCCGAAAACCUUCACUUAUGAUUACGCUGUCUUUGAUGGACCACUGAAAAGUGACCAUGGGACAAGAGUAGGAUUAAAUAGAACAGGAGAGGACGAUUAUGUGAUUAAAAAUGAUGCGGGGGACACAUCGUACAUCUCUGUGACAGACGCCUCUUCUCUAACAGGUGGGUUUCACAAUUUUUAAAGACGAAAUGUUAGAUAUUAACAACGUUUUGCAUCAACGUUUUACAACGUUUUACAACUUUUAAACUGCUUACACACACGUAUUUUACGACGUUUGGGUACAAUAAUGAUAAAUAAAAUGCUUUCCAAGAAGGUGUCAUGUGAGCACGCUUUACUGCGAAUUUCGUGCAAAAUACUAACCUUAUAGGAACCAAAACAGGUGAAUUUGCGUUUUUACUUAAGAUCGGAUAUUUUUAAAAAAUAAAAUAAGAAGGGCCUGUAAAGUAUGUUACGCAUAACGCAUUUACUUCGUCAAACAAAAAGAUUGAGCUAAAACAUUAAAAAAAUACUAUAAAUCCAAAUGUCAUGCUGUGGUAAACAAUUAUAAAUAUUACUUAUCAAGCAGAUCUCCAUUUCUCGAUAUAUUUGUGGAAAAUUAUGGUGAAAUAUGGAACUGAAAACAAAAGAGAACACAAUGAAUAUUAAAUAUUUUUACUACAAGCCCACAACUGAUGGCAAUCCAUUCAGAUUGACGAUACUUAGGCAUAGAAAUGCGUUCAAAGCGACACGAGUUCUGGAACAAAAAAAUCAAAAAAGAUCACAAAAGUUGUCAUUACAAUUUCACAAAGAUCGAAAAGACACUUGUCAAUUCAUAGGAUCUAAAUAAGUUAGAGAUCCAGUGCAAACACCUAUUGGUAUUGUUGCUUAAUUUUCAGAAAAUGUUAUAAAAACGGAAAUUCACCUGUUUUGUUCCUAAGGUUAGUAUUUUGCAUGAAAUUCUCUGCAAAGUGUGUUAAAAUGUUGCCUCCUUGUCAACGCGUUUUCCUUGCCAUUCUUGGACAGAACUUCAUGAAAUUACGUCUUUAUCUACCGGUAGUUAAAGUUGUCAGGUUGUUUUCCGGUAGGUAUAGAAGUUGUUAAUCUACGUUUGUGAUGUUGUUCUGAGUGUGUCCACACCCGACAAGCUGAGAACAACAUCACAAACAGAUAUCUUCAUCUGAGUGCACAACACCAAAAACAAGACGAGUUUUGAAACUUGUCAAUUAUGUUUGAAACUUAUUUGAUUUUCAAAUCAUAGAUCAAAAUCAACCACCCACCCUGAAGGAAUCAACAGUGCCUUUAAAUCCACUCCAACCUUCAAACAGCAACCAAUCAACGCAAAGGAUAUCUCAACAUUAUGAAGUACCGUGUGAACGCCAAUAUGAUUACGUCGAUAAAACCGCGAUUACUCCGCCCAAAACCUUUACUUAUGAUUACGCUGUCUUUGACGGACCACUGAAGAAUAACCAUGGAACAAGAGUAGGAUUAAAUAGAACAGGAGAGGACGAUUAUGUAAUUAAAAAUGAUGCAAAGAUGAUGCAGGAAACACAUCAUGACUACGUGGUACGUGACGAGUCGUACGUCUCUGUUAUCGACCCAAAACCAGAAAGAAAAGAUGAGGACAUGCAUGAUGAUUAUGUAAUACGUGACGAGUCGUACGUCUCUGUGAUCGAGCCAAGACCAGAAACAAAAGAUGAGGAAACACAUGAUGACUACGUAGUACGUGACGAGUCGUACGUCUCUGUGAUCGAGCCAAGACCAGAAACAAAAGACGAGGAAACACAUGACUACGUAGUACGUGACGAGUCGUACGUCUCUGUGAUCGAGCCAAGACCAGAAAUAAAAGAUGAGGAAACGCAUAGUGAUGACUACGUACAUAGUACAUAGUACGCGUGACGAGUCUUAAGCCCUGGGCAAACUAGGAAACAUUGUUGCGGAAACAUUGUUUCCUGCCAGUGUUUCGCCAUGUUUCCCAGAGUGGGCAAACACUAGGAAACAUUAGUGAGAAACAUAGGGAAACAUCAAAUGUUUCUGAAGUUGGUAGGAAACACUUUUGCUUCUCGGGAAGCAAAUUUUGUUUCCGCAACAAUGUUUCCACGGGUGGGCAAACAGGGAAACAUUUGUGGUAACAUCGAGAAUCACAAAUGUUUCCGCAACAAUGUUUCCUAGUUUGCCCAGGGCUUUACGUCUCUGUGAUCGAGUCAAGAUCAGAAACAAAAGAUGAGGAAACGCAUGACUACGUAAUACAGUGACGUGACGAGUCGUACGUCUCUGUGGUCGGCUGAAGAGUAUUAUAGCAGAAAAUGGGCCGGUUAUGUUCACACCUCUAUAAAGGUGUAAUGGAAAUUUCUAACCACAGGGCGCUUAUAUAAGAGUUUAUAUAUAAAGAGCCCUGUUUAUUCUAACAGAUAAACUUGAGAGUUGUAUCAAAUCCACUCGGAAAUCCCUAAGAGAUGCUUAGAUUCUCUGAACCUCUUUAAAAAUCUUUACAAUUCCAAAAAUCUUUAAAAAUCCCAAAUCCACAAAAUCUCGUACACUGUGCAUACACCGGUUUUAUGAGUGUGAGCUCCUAACUAAACACAUAUCUGACAUAUGCAUGUACUGUUUAAUAAACGAACAGGAGAGUUUUAUUAGGUUUAAUUAACAACUUGGAUGAUUUUAGAAUAAAACACAUACUGCGAUUUUAUUAAAUGGCUUCAAUUAACGCGACUCACUAGUACUCUUCGUAUAAAGAAUACUAAGUAGGAGAGGGUUUUAUAUAAAGACUACUAAUGAGGAGUGUUUGCC